GAUAGGAAUCUGAAUUUAUCUUUCUGAAAAUUUUUCUUUUUUUUAGGAAUAAAAAAUCAGGAAACAUUAUUAUUUCAGAAAAUUGAAUUUAGUAACGAGAAAUCUACUUGCAAUGUAAUCUGCCAACUUGAUGAAAAAUGAAAGAUAAAUUUUCAUCAUCGGAAAAGAAAACUGCAGGGAAAGCUUAGCUUGAGUUGGUUCCUUCUUCUAUUUCGGGGUUUGAAUUAUUUUUCAAAUCGGUGAAGUCGGGUUAAAGUUAAAUUAAGCAGUUCAAAGUUUCGUACAUUCAGUAGAAGAGUAAUAAAUUGAUCUCCUGAUACGAAAUUCAAUUUGAAUUCUUUUAAAUGUGAUGUAAAGUCAAAUAUAUCACGUAUUAUAUGAUGGCAACAGUUAGCCCAACAGUGGAAAGAAAUUUGCAUGAAAUGUUAAGAGAUGCUCCAAUGAUGAACGAUAGUAGUAACGCUGUUCAUUCUGGAUUCACUAAUCCUCAAAUUCCAAAGCCAGCUAAGAAUCAUGCUGCCCAGGAACAAAACGUUGUUUCACCUGCCGGUAGUAAAGAAGGUGGACAGAAGUUUCCACUCACUAAAAUUGAAACCAUUAAAUGCUGGGGUGUGUCUACCUACAAAUGCACACGUCAACUAAUGUACGAAAAACUUGGGAAAACAUCUCGUACGAUCGAUAAAGACUUGGAAACUCAAAUCGAAUAUUUAAGAGAUACUCAGAAAAAGUACGCAAAUUUGUUGAAAUUGACGAGAUUGCUUUCUACUCAUUUUUACCAUGUUGUGCAAACACAGCAAGCUUUAGCUGAAGCCUUUUCCGAGUUGAGCCAAAAAUCGCCAGAAUUACAAGACGAAUUUAACUCGAAUUCUGAAACGCAACGAAGCUUGUCGAAAAAUGGUGAAUUGUUACUAAAUGCUCUGAAUUUUUUCCUAUCUUCUAUUAAUACUCUUUGUAACAAGACUAUCGAAGAUACAUUAAUGACUGUUCGUCAAUACGAAGCAGCAAGGAUUGAAUACGAUGCUUAUCGUAUGGAUUUGGAAGCACUGGCUCAAACACCCAGAUGUGACGCUAAUACAGCAAGAAUCGACGAUGCCCAACUUAAUUAUCAAAAAUAUAAAGAAGAAUUUGAAAGACUUAGGAAUGAUGUUGAAAUUAAAUUCAAGUUUCUCGAAGAAAACCGGAUAAAAGUAAUGCGAAAACAACUUUCGCUCUUGAAUAGCGCUGUCUCCGCGUAUUUUUCUGGUAAUCAACAGGCUCUUGAAUCAACGAUGAAGAAUUUUUGUAUCAAGUACAAUAAUAGUAAAACUUCUCCGAUUUCGAAUUCAUCAUGAAUUGGUUGAUGAGAAGAUGAAUUUGGUGAACUUGAUGAUUAAAAAGUUUUUUCGAGUACUUAGCUCAUCUGAAUAUAUUCUUGAAGAAUUCAACGAUUAAUUAAUAUGCAUAUCUGUGUGCAAGAGGAAAAAUUCAAUUUGUUCUGAAUUUAAGAAAACAGGGUUGUGUCUUGAUUUCAGUGUUACCUAUAAAUCUAUUUUUGCUAUUUUGGCUUUUUUAAAAGUGUAAAUUUUUAAUUUAUAUUACCUAUUUUGAUAUCAACGAUUCUCGACUAAAAUUUACUAAAAUGAUAUAUUGACUAUUUACUCAUCGUACUGUUACAUUUUUAUGAAAUCUUAUCGCCACAGAUUGUAAAAUAACAGCUCGAAUUUGACUUGAUUGAUUGAUUCUUUUUUGUGAAAUUGUUUACAUCUUUAAUGUACAUAUGUCAUUGUGUUUUCUAGUCUCAAAACUAAUGACUGAAUUUAUUCGGUACGUUUUUUCCCUCAAUCGUAAGUAACUUGUAUAUCUUAUGAUUCCAAAUUAUCGUUUGUUUAACGCGACCAAAAUACGCUUUUGCUUCAUAUUAUUUUAUCAUAGAGUAAGGCAUGAUUUUCAUUUUUUUUUACGUUUAUUACUUUAUCCAAUUGUUUGUAUCGUACUCUUUUGUCGUUUUAUUAAUUAUCCUUUUGUUGAAUAAUUCCAUCAAAUAUCUUAAAUGUGAAACAUUAUGUGAUUAUUACCUAAAAAAGUUCGCUAAUUAUUGAAGUUUAGCUUAUUGAUUGAAUAAAACCAAAGAAUUGUGUAAAUAAUAUUCUCUUUCUGUUUGACUUUAUAGCUUCCCAAUAAACAUUUGAAUUGAAA